UUGACUGGAAGUGUCGGUAAUGACAUUACGUAAUACCAGAGGUAAUACUGUUUAUUUAAAUCGAUCCGAUGCUACCGAUGCAUAAAAUUGUGUCUAAAUGUGCGUACAGUCGAUAAAUGGAACCGACAAAAUGGCGGCGGCCGAAUGUUGUGUUUGGCGAUAAACUCGUGUCUUAUUUUGAAAGUCGUCUUGACAAUUCGACCGCCAUCCAACGAGUGCGAAAGAAACAAUCGAGAAACUGCGAACAAAUUUUUACACGCGAACAGUGAAUAGCGGGAAAUUUUUCGAAAUCGAUCGAACAUAACUUCCGCGACACGUUAUUCAAUCGUACUCUAAUUAAUAUAUACGUUUCGAUAUAUCCGCGAAUUUCGUGUUUGUGCGUCGGUAUUUAAACCCGAAACAUGAUAAGAAACAGUGUCGAAAAAAUAAAUUUGAAACGAGAACAAGCUAAGGGCAUUUAAAAUUGGAACAUUCCUAGGAAACGGCCCGUUCAACGAUCGGGUGAAUGUAUCCGAAUAUAUAAAUAUCUGUAAAAUCUUUUAUACACUCCGCAAUGAGCGUAAAGUAUUUAAUUUUUAUUGAAUGGAGAAUAAAAGAUCGUACGCGAAAUAUCAUAAAUGAAGACUGUAUCAACGAUGUGAACAUGUAACUGAAAAUCAAAACAAUUUACAGAGACGAUCGUUUACACGAUGGAAGAUUACACUCCUAUCGACGAAGAUUUUCCUGGCAGAUUGCUACACCAGGCUGCUUUAUGGGAUAACGCGGAGUUGUUAGAAGAUCUUUUGCGUGGCGAGCACGCGCAAUACAUAAACAGCCAAGAUUCAUGGGGUAGAACUCCGUUGCACGCAGCAGCUAUUACAGAAAAUUCAAGGUGUUUGGAUGUACUAUUGUCUGCCAGUGCUAAUCCGAACAUACCAUGUGGACCAAGAGGUCAUUACAGGACACCGUUGCAUAUUUGUGCAGAACACGGUCAUAGUUCCAACAUCGAGAAGCUUCUGGAAUUCAAAGCAGAUUUAAUGAUCGCAGACAAUAAUGAUUUGAAACCAGUAGACGUAGCUGAGAAAAAUAUGCAAGAUGUUUGUACAAAUUUGCUUAAAUUGGGUGCCGAGAAGUAUGAAUUGGCGAAUCUAGCAACGCAUGCUUCUUUACGUGCAACGUGUAUUCAGGGAGACGCAGUGGCAGCUAAGAACAUUAUCCAAAGCGUUAGCAGCAAGUUGGAUUACAUUAUUAACGUGGCACCAAACGGUGCGAAUACCUUGCUCUUCAUAGCAUGCGAAAUGGGUCACAAAGAUAUAGUGAGGCUGCUAUUGGAUCAUGGCGCAGAUUGUAGGACACAUCCUGUCACUAAAUACUGUCCGUUGUACAUAUCAUGUUACAACGGCAAGGUAGAAAUUGUGGAACUGCUUCUCCGACACUUCCCCAAACAGGUUCACUCUUUGACGGUGGAGAAAUGGUUACCAAUUCAUGCGGCAGCUAUAAAUGGCCACCACUUGGUUAUCGAUUUGUUACUAAAAUUCGAGUAUCCGCAAUACGCGGAUCAGUGCUUCAAAGACACGUCCGGAGAAUUCGAAUACGAAAUGCCGUUUGAUAUUAAUGCUCAAGACGUCACGGGGCAGAAUGUUCUAUACAUAUCCAGCAUGCUUGGGAAUAUUAAAAUCGUAGAGUUGUUAUUGAAUUACAGGGUGAAAGCGAGGAAGACCAAAGAGGAGGAUAUGGGGGUCGCGCAACCGAUUCUUAUGUCGAAAAGAAAAAUCUCGAGCGGUAUCCAAAAGCUGAUGUCCAGCUUGAAUUUUCGGAGCAGAGCGUUCGACAAGAAAGACGACAAUAUGAUAUGCCCGUUGAAUUUAGAUUUAUACUGCAACAACGCCACCGAGACCGCUUUGUACGCCGCUGUGAAGGGCAAACACACGGAAGUGGUUACGGCGUUGUUGGCGGCUGGCGCCGAUCCGAAUCUGCCGCUAAAAGUUCCUUGCGACCAGACCGAUUCAGAUAGUAAUUAUUCCAGUGCAUUGAUCGUAGCUUGCCAGCAGCGUGACGUCAAGAUAGCCGACCUCUUGCUGAAGCACGGUGCUGCGGACAACACGUGCAAAGCGAUAAAAAUUGCCGCGCAAAACCGUGACGAGGUCCUGACGGCGAAGCUUCUGUCCAUAAAGGCAUACCCCGACUCCGAAUACACAAUCAACAAGAAAGUUAUGACAGAGGGCACACAAACGUCUCAUUUCUCCACGUUGUCCGCUCCACGUCCGUUGUUUGGUAACGUGACGUACUCGACGUUGUUCCCAAACACUCCGACGAUGAUAAACUGGCACGAUCAACAGUGCCAUCUGUCGCAAAUACGGUCCCAGUGGCUGAUCGAUGCAGUGUUGCACGUGAACAAAAAACUGAGCGCCAAGAACAACGAUAUUAUCUUGUACGCGAUUACGAGAAUAGAUGUAUCUCAUAAUUCCAUCACCUCCAUACCAUCCACUAUAUUCUACUUGCAGAGCUUGCGGUACCUUAGCGUGGCGCAGAACAAAAUCGACUCCCUGUCCGCCGAAACGAAAAAUCCCAAGGACAAGUUGUGCCCGUUUUUGGAAGAGAUAUACCUGCAGGACAACCGACUGGAGCAAUUGCCGGAGUUUAUAAUGAGUCUGCCCGCCUUGGAAAUAAUGGACGUUUCCAACAACAAGCUGCAAUGCCUUCCAGACAAUUUGUGGCGCGCCCCGAAGUUGAAGGAACUGAACGCGUCGUUCAAUUUGUUGAAGGAUCUGCCUAGCCAAGCGUCGCAAAACAUCUCACGAAAAUCGCAACGGGACGACGUGUUGAACAACAGCCCGAGCAACCGGAGCUUGGCGUCCCAGCUCGCCAUUUCGCGCGAGGACUCGUUGGAGUUCGAAUCGUUCACAAAGAUAGCGAACGCGCAAACCAUCGAGAUGAACCGUCCUCACGUUUGGACCAGAUCGGUGCAAGUGUCGGAAAAUAUAUCCGACGAGAACGAGGGUGGAGGAACGAGGUCGGUGUUGACGUCGUUAAAUCUGGCCCACAAUUUGUUUAACAGCAUCCCGGUGGCGUUGCCGUGUCUGGCUGUUAAUUUGGUCAGACUGAACAUGGCUUACAAUUCUCUGCGAUCCAUGAGCCACAUAACAUCCUACCCCGCGAGCUUGAAACAACUGGACCUGUCGAACAAUCAGAUAUCUCGGUGGCCCAGUUUGCCGCAGGUAGAUGGCGCUGAUCUGAUGGAACAAGCGAACACCGCGUGUUAUUGCCCCACCGCCAACGUUCAAUCGCCGAUUGUUCCGGGCGGCAACCGGCAGACAGCGACAUGUCUGCGCGACGUGGUCCUCAUGUCGGUUUGCACGCACAGGCGCCACCUGCGAUUGGAAAAUUUGCGAACGCUGAUCCUCGCCAACAAUUUGCUGAACAGGAUCCAAUUGACUUCGAUCGACGACGGUGAAAUGCCCAAUUUGGAAGAGGAGAGCGUCGACAAAGAUACGAAGAUAACUUACACCGGCUCGAAAUUGUAUUUGUUGUUCCCCAACGUCAGUAUGCUCGAUGUGAGCAACAACAGGCUGAAAGAAAUACCGCAGAACAUUUACGAGCUCAGCAAUCUGUCCGUGUUGAAUAUAAGCGGGAACUCGGACAUCGUCGAGCUGCCACCGCAAAUGGGAUUGCUAUCCCGUUUGUGGAAUCUGAAUACUCAAGGUUGCAGGCUGCAAGAGCCGUUGAAGACGAUGAUCGAAUCGAAGAAGUACAAGACGAUGGACGUUAUCGGCUACUUGAAGUCGAUUCUGGAGGACGCUAAACCGUACGCUCGUAUGAAAUUGAUGAUAGUGGGUAUACAAGGUAUAGGUAAGACGAGUUUGUUGGAGCAACUGAGGCAAGAGGGCGAGGUGCCCAAUAAGAAGAAAGCAUCCGAGCAUUGGGCAAAGAGGAUGGGUAAUAAAAACAUUAAUACAAAGACUGCUCGGGGAACGACCAUAUCCACAGUUGGCGUUGAUAUCGGGGAUUGGAUUUACGAGAAGAAGAUGAAGGGCCAGUCGUCUCACGGGCCUGUUUAUUUCAGAACCUGGGAUUUCGGCGGGCAGAGGGAGUACUACGCGACGCAUCAAUAUUUUAUAUCGAAGCGUAGCCUGUAUCUGGUCGUAUGGAGGAUCACGGAUGGGUUCAAGGGCAUCUCGGAGAUAUUUCAGUGGUUGGUAAAUAUUCAAAGCAGAGCACCGAACACGCCGGUAAUCAUCGUCGGCACUCAUUUCGACGUGUCGUACGAGCACAGCGAGGCGUUGCAGCAAUACAUCCGCGACAAGUUCAUUAACGUGGUGGACGCUGAGAAAUGCGGUUUGCCGAAAGUGAUGGAGACCAUCGAAGUCAGCUGCAAAACUCGGCACAAUAUAAAGAUGUUGUGUAACUUGAUAUACGACGUUGUUUUCAGCCUGAGAUCGCCCGGUAGCAAAGAGCUGUUGCUGGAGCAGAAAGUGCCGUCCAGUUAUCUGGCGCUGGAGGACGUGGUGAUGCAACUGGCGCACGAGAGGAAACUGUCGGGCGGGGAUCCGGUACUGAAAGCCGAUCAGUACUACACGGCGGUGAACAACGAGCUUCAGAAGCUCCAUAGAUCGUUCAGAGAUCCCGCAGAGCUGCACCAAGCGACGCUCUUCCUUCACGAGAACGGCAUCAUCUUGCAUUACGACGACGCCACGCUGAAAGACUUGUACUUCCUCGACCCCCAAUGGCUCUGCGACAUGCUGGCGCACGUGGUCACUAUACGCGAGAUCAAUCCGUUCGCUAGGUCCGGUAUAAUGAAGCUGGACGACAUCCAGCACGUGUUCAAAUCCUCGACGAUAUCGUCCAUAGACACUCAAGGUUACAUCGUCAGUUUGUUAAAUAAGUUCGAGGUCGCGAUGACAUGGGAUUACCGUACUUUGUUGAUCCCCUCUUUGUUACCGACCGAGGAAGAUAUUUUGAUUAACAACCAGGUGACCAGAAUCCCGGUGAAGAAGCGUGGCUGGCACGUACGCUCGAAGAAGAUCGCCUCGUCGAUGACAAUGUUACAAAACUCAUCCGGCGAGAAACCCACCACCGAGUACGUGCUCACGUCCAGAUCGCAGCCGGAUUGCUCUGUCACGAGACUCUUUUUGAUGUCCUACUUUCCAAGCGGCUUCUGGUCGAGGCUGAUAAGCAGAAUUCUAGCCGACGACGCGAUCGUCGAGAUCGUCGAGUCGUUUCUGGCGCCGUUCAAAGACUUCGUAGACGAUAAUAUUUUUCAAAGCUUGCUGGACACGGAGGCGGAGUGGAUACUCUGGCAAACGGGUAUAGAGCUAAGAUACGCCAACAUCACUCUGCUGCGUCUCAAAGAGGUCACUUACAAUUUGAAGAACCUGCCGUACGAUUAUAGACAGUACAAGUUCAAGUUGAAGCAGGACGGCAUAUGGUGCACCGUGGAUUUGAAGAACUCGGCGAUUCUGGAGAUUUGGUUCCCGGUCGACACGUUGGUGAUCAAGCAACCGAUCAUGUCCGAUUCGGCCGACGAGGAUGAACCGAUGGGUUACCAAGCGAUCGUGGUCGAACCUCGCCCGGAAAGCAUGCCGCAACUGUUGGCAUUGAUAGUCGAUCAUAUUGAUAUUCUAUUGGAGGACUGGUAUCCUACGUUAGGAACACGUUUCGUGCACACGUCGGAGGGUAAAUUAUUGAUCACGCGUCUGAUACCUUGUCCGCGGUGUCUCUUGAACAAUGGAGAAAACGAGAACGAAAUUAGCGAUAACAACGAUCGGUUAGCAGAAGAUAUACAAAAGUAUUAUGUAAAUAAAGAGAGACAGAGCCAAGAUAGUUACAAGUCCGAUGGUGAUAGCGGUGUAGGCUACGACAGCUUAACAUCGAGCAGGAUGCCGUCCUUGGAAGGUCAUCCGGACUUCGCCAAACAGAAUCCGCAAUCCGAAGGUAUUCUGGCGUAUUCGUGGAUGGUCGAGGAGUGUAUUCUGUCCGCCUACAGCAACAAACCAAUUCGUUGCCCUAAACACUACGACAUACCGUUGUCGCACAUGGCUCCGGAUAUUAUUUUCAUGGACCUCGGCUCGAAACAUCUAAUAAAAUUGGAGGAUAUUAAAUUGGGGACGCUUUUGGGCCGUGGCUCGUACGGCUUCGUCUUCAAAGGUGUCUACCGUAUGCCUGGGUCUUAUCAGCGACCUGAGAUCGCCAUAAAAAUGCUGCAACCGGUCCCGCCGGGUCCAAAUUCGAGACAGUCUGCUAUUCUGGCUUACAAAGCUGCGCAAAGUAAAUGGGACCGUGAUCCAUUGCAAUACGCUUGCAAAGCUUACUGCACCGCCAGGCAAGAAUUGAACAUUUUGUUGACGCUCAGACACACAAAUAUCGUACCGUUCAUCGGUAUAGUGGUCAGCCCGCUAGCGCUGGUAUUGGAUUUGGCGCCAGGUGGCGCGCUCUACCAAGCUCUCUAUCAUUACAGACGUUCGGGGACCAAGUUGGACCCGUACACGUUGCAAGCUAUAAUACUUCAAGUAGCAAAAGCUGUCGAGUACCUUCACCAGCAACACGUUAUUUACAGAGACUUGAAGUCGGAGAAUGUUCUGGUGUGGCAGAUGCCUCUUCCUUUUCAAGAUGGCGCCAAACGUCCUGUCCACGUUAAAGUAGCCGAUUAUGGUAUAUCCAGACUGACAUUGCCAACCGGCGCCAAAGGGUUUGGUGGAACCGAAGGAUUUAUGGCACCUGAAAUUAUCAAGUAUAACGGUGAAGAGGAAUACACAGAGAAAGUUGACUCGUUUUCAUUUGGAAUGUUUAUAUACGAAUUGAUCACCUUGAGGCUACCGUUCGAGGGCCACGAAGCGGUCAAAGAGUGUAUUUUGGAAGGCGAGAGACCGUCGUUGACCUACAGAGAGACAUUUCAUCCUUGUUACGCUCUCGAUCUGAUGGUUAUUUGUUGGGCCCAGAAUCCAAAAGAUCGACCAACCGCCAGCCAAAUAGUCUCCAUCGCGUCUGCACCCGAGUUCACGCAUCUCAUAGACGUGAUAAUGCUGACGGAAAGAACGCAAGUGACCGCCAUUACCAUGACAAACAGAACUAUAGAGGAGGACAUAAACGGUGACGAAAUUUGGUUUGGACACAACAACGGUGAAGUUGACAUGUUGCUGGGUACGCAAAAGGGCUGGCUGCAACACGUUAGAAUCGAAACCCCGAUAAUACCGUACGCAAUGUGUGGACUGGAUGGGUAUAUUUGGAUCGGUGAUAAUGCAGGACAGGUGCACGUUUAUUUGGGCAGCAAUUUUGGUUGCGUUGCUAGCUACGAUCUAGAACCAGAUCACAACAAGGAAUCGAAAAUAGUGAGUCUGAUUUAUUUGGAGCAGAUAAAGCAGUUCGUGGUGGCGUUGCACAGUGGGAAAAUAUUUUUAUUAUCGAACUCUUUCACCCAAAUGAAGAAAACUGAAAUCCCGACUGACGUACAAGACAAUAUAAAGACGUACUCCCUGGCAGCUAUUUAUAAAAAGAAACGCAUAGUGGAAUUGUGGGUCGGGCAAAGCUUUGGUAGAAUAUCGAUCUACAUAUUAAAGGACAGCAGUUUAAUAGACACCGUACAAGUUUACCACGCUACAGAAGAGACAGUUCUUAAAAGCUUGUUUGCUACGUAUUUACUCAGCGCUGAGAAUUCCAUUUUAUCCUACACGUACCCUGGAUGUAUCGUCUACCAAUGGGAUGUAGAUACCAGGCAAAUGAUAAAUAAAUUAGAUAUGUCGAAAUUAGUACCUUGUUCGGAGAGCCUAAAGUCCAUUUCUAUUGAAGAGAAUUUAUCGACAGAGAAAUGCCAAGUGACAGCGUUCGAAACUUGUAGGAAUCAGUUGUAUAUCGGUACUACUUGGGGAUGCAUCGUAGUGGCUGAAUGUACCUCCCUUACGCCAAUUACUGUUUUCAGACCUUUCGAAGGUAAAGUAUGUCAAAUAAUAUCGCUUAACACGACAAACGAAGAGAAGUUAGUGUUGGCAACGGUUGGCCAAGGUUACAGAAGUUUAAUAUCACGAUAUACCGAUUUCUCGGUCGGCAGUUCGGACGCUGAAGAUCUUAAGCAUAGUAUGUAUGCACUUUUGUGGAGAUCCGAACAUUGGUCCGCAGCUUAAUCGUAACCUUUAAGAGCAUA